CAUCAGGCAGCAUGUGGAGCCCUGUGAGCAACAAGAACGUGGUGUCUUCCUUCAGUCGAGUCAUGCGCUGCGGAAGACUGCUUGCCGUCUCUCUCGGGCUCCUGCUGCUUCUUUUCUAUCGGGAUGCAACUUGUGAGGCCCAGAAGGAACAGCGCCAUUCGGGACACGGGGAUACUCUGGGUCAAGAAGAUACUAGAGAAGUUAGUGAUGGUGCGUCAUUAAGUGCCGGUUCUCAGGACAUUGAUGGGCGUGGCGACAGUGCGUCCCCGGAAGAGAAGUUCAAAGGAAAUGUGACCAAACGUAAUGGUGCGCUUGAAAAUUACUCUAGAAAUAUUUUUGCAAUGAAAAAUGAAGUAGAUGAGGAGAAAACUGUCGAAGAAAAAAAGAAAACAAAUAUAAAUUCCUUGAUAAACCAAACUGCUCGCCUCACCACCAUUACCACCGCCACCAACACCAGCACCACUAGCAAACACUCUCUUGCCACCACCACCACCACCACCAUCACAGAAUAUCCCGCUGAUCACCCAGCACAUAACAGCUUCGUGAAUCACAAGAAAGUACUCUUUUACACGCCAUUCUUUAGCGGUACAUGGGAGGAUGAACUUAAAGUGAGAACCUCCUUGAUGCACAAAUGUCCCGUGACCUCCUGUCUGUUUCUGGAGGGCAGCUCCCAUCCGGAGGACGCGGACGCGGUGGUAUUUCACUCCUUUGACUUCGAUCCCGAGCAUGUACCAGCCGUGCGAAGGCCAGAGCAAGUGUACGUGUGGCUGAGUAUGGAGUCUCCGAGGUGGGACGGGUUUGGUUACGGCAAGGUUCUGCAGUUUGGGCGUCCAAGGUUCUUCAACUGGACGAGUACUUAUCACCGGGAGUCUGACGUGAUGCAGCCCUACGGAGGAUUGUUGCCGCUACAUGGGGAAGCUGAUUACGUGCGUCCAGGGCUCCUCGACAAGUCUGGGGUCGCCUACGGGAAGUAUCUGGCGGCGCUGGCUGGCGGGUACCCUCAGCAGGAGAUCAAGGGGAAAGAUUGGGCAGCCUUCCUGGAACGUCCUAAACUUUUGGCUUGGAUGGUGUCACACUGCAGCACUUCCUCAGGUCGUGAGGUUUACGUGCUGGAGCUGCAGAAGCACAUUGAGGUGGACGUGUAUGGAUCGUGCGGGGAACUGAAGUGUAGCAUUGAAAAUAUUGAAGUGUGUUACACCAAGAUACUCAGACCCACUUACAAAUUUUAUCUAGCCUUCGAAAAUAACCUGUGUGAGGAUUACAUCACGGAGAAGACGUGGCUGCCGCUGCAUUACGGCUUGGUCCCCGUGGUGUUUGGCGGGGCGCGAUACUCCGACAUCCUGCCACCGUUUUCCUACGUGGACGCAACUCACCGCACGCCCCUCCAGCUGGCUAAUCAUCUUUCCAGCAUCGCAAGAUCGCCGGAGCUGUACGGGCGUUACCACCUGUGGAGGAAAUAUUGGGAGGUGCUGCCAUGGCCUCCCCUGUGUGAGAUUUGCCUCAAGCUGCACAGCCUAGCCAGUGAACUACACAGGAGUGGCGAGGACGUGGCGCAGCGACAAAACUAUCCUGACCUUCGGGGCUGGUGGUGGGGUGCUAAUAAUUGCACGUCUUUGUACCCGCGACACCAGUACGAGGAGUUGGUGUCUAUUGGUCUAUAGUACGUCCUCGUCAGCGAUGCUCCGCCAUGAACGUGCACACAGGAUGGGCACCAGGUGUGUCUUCGGCUCUUCGACCAGGCAGCAGACAUUCGCUUCGUGUGUCUUAAUUACUCUUCAGUUCUAUCAAACCACCUUAAACACUCUAGCCUAGCAAUAGCAAUGCCCGGCAGGCUUUACGUACUCAGGCUUGUAGAAAGACAGCGAAUCUCUUCACCCCGUUCCCAAGUAUUUAGUUGAGGAAAUGGGUGUGUCACCCUGUUCCCAAGUAUUUAGUAGAGGAAAUGGGUGUGUAUAGCACGUAAUCAGUACCUUUUACUAUUCAAACUGUCUAUCAUUACACGUUUAGCAAGUACACGUAUGGGUACCAAAUAUACAAGGGAAGCUGAAUCAAAUAAUAAAUUGAAGUUUAUUAAGGGAUUAUUAAUCCAUAUUAAGAAGUGACUACACAGUCUACAAGAGAAACUUAAACCCUGCAUUAAAGUAUUAAAAAACAGUGAUAACUAGUAAUUGUGCCUACUGUUAAGAGUGCCACUCCAUCCAAAAAUAUGCAAUGUAGCAAAAGCAAUGAAGUACUUCAGUUACACUAAAAUUUAUGAUAAAUAGAAUUCUAAAAUUAAAACUAAAAGCCUGACUAGACUCAAUACGACC